AUGUCUGUUAACCAGGUAAGGCAAUGUGUAGGUGAUGUAAUGGGCAUAGAUCCAAAGGAUACAUCUUUGGACUGGCAGGCUGGGAAGUUAAAGAAGUUGACAAACACUACUACUACGCUCUAUAAUAUCUCGUUGAAUAAAGUGAUGCUGAAGCAAAGUGAGGAGAUAGCCCGUUGUCAUAUUUGUGCAUAUAUUGCGGCUGAGAAAUAUACUGAGAAAUAUGAACCUGAGUUGCAGUACUAUAGUGAGAAGGUUCCACUGGAACCCAAAAAGUUUUCUAAGAUCGUUGGUCUUUUUAAACAGUCUCUAUGGCAGUCGACGUCGCCUACUAGUUCGGUAAAGGAAUAUUCUGGGGCAAAGAGCUACGGUCCUGAUGCAAGCCCGUCGCGAUUUUCUGCUAUUGAUCCAGCCGAACUGAGAGAGCAGUUAUUUCGGACGCCAAGGGUAGCGAACGCUUCCAGUCCGCGUGCUCUGCGAGGUGAUAUCAAUCUUUCUCCUGAUAAACCAGUUUCUCCCACCAGAACGAACCCAAGACGUAAGUUAGCGUUUGAAGAGGAUGAAGAGGAAGAUGGUGCGACUUAUAGACUUUCGUCGUCUCCGAUGAAAUCUCCGCGGAGAUCGAUCUUCCGCGAUGGCAUAGAACCAGACCCUGAAGAUACCGAUUUUGACUCCCCAAUGAAAUCUCCAAUGCGCUCUCCCUCGAAGUCUGCAUCGACAUCCCCGAGGAAGAAGCGUGGGGAGUACAAUAAAUGGAACAUGUUAUACAAAAAAUAUUACAGGAUAACUAUAGAGGAAAUUAUAGGUCUAUGCAACCAAUUCGAGAUCCCCAGUAAGGUUGCAUUCAUGAUUUUGGACUGCUUUGGAAUGCAUGCAACAUAUCUUGUGUAUCCAGCACAAUUGGUCUGCGGACUGGUCAUGAUCUGUUGCUUUACAAUUUACAACCAGAAGAGGACCAAUAACCCAGAAAUAGACGACUACUUGCUACAAAAAAUGUGUUCUCUUAUGAGAUCCAAUGAUACAAAUGACGUUCUCGAGGCCAUUAAGAUUACAAAGGAACUGAUAGAUGGAGAGAAGUGGUAUCGAGACCUAAAAGUCGAGUACGAUUGCUAUGACGGAGCUGACUUCAACAAUAACAUUGCAGUGCGUCUAGGAAAUAUGCUACAAAAUACCAACCUUAUUGUGAGUGAUGAGCAGUUUACAGAGUGGAAGAAGAAGAUAUUAAUGGAUAUUUCCCUCAGAGACAGUGCUUGA